ACUUCCGGGUUAUUCUUCGGUCUCGCUUAACUUCAUGCGUGACAACACAUUUGUUUACACAGACGUAACCUCCCACUUAAUACACUUUUGUUUGGAGUCAGGGGGUAUGUCAACAUGAACAGUCAUCAAUGGUGGAAGUUCACGUGAAGGAGAAGAGGAACCAUGUGGAGAAUUAAAGGACUCGCGUGGAGAGUGCUACAUCGCUACCACACCAGCACCCCGUUGCGUCUCCCCCAGAAUCACCACGUGGAAGAUGAAGUCAUAAACACCUCCACUGUUCUCUCCGCUUCUAGGAACUCUUCGGACAACAGUUCUCAUAAAGAAGAAGAUGGAGAGAGGCGGAAUAAACAGAGGGCCUUUAAAUCGACCUCCGCUGAGCUGCCUCGUUACACAGCCCUCGACGCCGUAGGAUGGGGUGCAUCAGCGGUGCUGUUCAUGCAGAUAUGCCGGAGGAUCCACUCUAGGUUCUCUUCAUGCACUGAUUCCAGUCCAACAUCUGGAGUCAGGACAACACCUCCAAAUUUGCAAAAGUGUGGAUAUCGCCUUCUGCUUGAUAUAUUAUCAAGGAAUGAGGUGGUCCUAAGAGGAAGGAGUGUGUUGUGCCUUCACAAUCAAUCCUGGAGCCAGAGCAGCAGCAGUGAAGGAAGUGACGUUGCGGUACACAGGAGUGAGCAGAACCCCCUGACUACUAAUAGCUCCAUUGUUGACUCUGAGGCGGCGGAGGGGCAGGAUUCCCCCUUACAAGAUGACACACAUAGACCUCCAUCCUGCUCCCAAGAGAAGAAUGUUUUCAAGAAAAAGUCCGCAGACACGGAUCGUGCUCAUGACAAGUGUAUGCCUAAAGGUGAGGAGAAACUGGCAGAAGUGGCGCAGAAUCUCAAAAAAGUGGCAGACGGCAGCGUCCCAGUAAUCCUAAACAUUAUUGGCCUUGAAAAAGCCGCAAGUGGCAACAAUGAAGAAGCGUUCACUUGUUUCCUGGCGGCCGCUCAACAGGACUACAGCAAAGCUCUGUUUAAUACCGGUGUCUGUUACGAGAAGGGCAGAGGAAUUAGCAAGAAUAAGGAGAAGGCCUUCCAUUACUAUUGGCGCGCAGCAGUGGCAGGUCAUCAUCAGGCUCAAUAUCGAUGCGCAAAGCUGCUCUUGACCGCUAGAGGGCAUCAAAGGGAAGAGAAACUGAACACAGCCAUCAGCCUUUUAGAGAAGGCUGCUGCGGCCGGGUUGAUUAAGGCUCAGUUGUGCCUAGCAUCUGUGUAUUCUUUGGAGCCAGUGAGGGAUGGCAGCAAGGCUGUGUACUACCUGCAGAUGGCAGCAGAGAGCAAUGAUGAUACUGCUCUACUCCUGUUGGGUCAGUGCUAUGAAAGUGGCUUCGGGGUUCGGCAGAACUUGAGAAAAGCAAUUGAAUUGUACAAACGAGCUGCUCAAGCGGGCAACAGAGAGGCCCGGCGCUUACUGACGGCUUCCGUUGAGACGGAUGUGUUGCGUUCUAUCCGUUCUUCUCCGUGUUUCCCCGUGUCGGACCGGGACCUCCGGCGGCCUCUCCUCUCUCUGGCCGAUCGUCCUUCGGUCGCUCUUCCCUUCUUGGCUCACUCGUGGAGCACCGGGUGCAUGGACGUGGCCCCUGCGCCCUCCUCCACUCAUUUCCAUUCCCAAAGUUUGGAGGGAAAAUCCUGCCAGUGGAUGGUAGGGGUUGGAUAAUAGCCAAUAAGUCAGGUUUACGUGGAGGCCCGUGUUGUGAUUAUACAGUAAAUCUCGUGACCUGGUAAAGUUUAACAUGUUGGGAGGGGCUGGAAACUAUCAUCACCAUGGAAACGGAUGAUUGACUGGCAACCAGUUGGGGUCCAGCACCCCCGUGACCUUUGUGAGGAAGCAGUACGGACCAUGAAUUUCGUAACCAUUAUGCAUACGCAUGUGCAAUAAACAUUGCUUUUAAAACUACAGGUAGCACCUUGGGUUACAACAUACUCAACGUAUGCGAUUUCGACUUUACGACCCCGGAGUCUCGGCCGCCAUUUUGUAUCCAGUCAUUUUUUUUUUUUUUUUCUCUGAUAAACUACCUUAUUGCAGUAUUUUUCAACCACUAUGCCGCAACACCCCACUGUGCCAUGGCGUAGUGUCUGGUGUGCCGUGGAAAAUCAUCCACUUUCACCUAAUUGAUGUCAAAAUGUUUUUGGAAAAUGAAUCUGCAAUUGCUGUCCAAUGGUCGGUAAUCAUGUUCAAGCAAUACUUUUCCUUAUUGGUAUAUGUCAAUAGGUAGCUAAUUACUUUGUUUAGUGCUACAAAAGAGGUUAGAGUGGUACUGGGGCUUUCGGUGGGCCGGCGGUGGUCAGCCAGCUAACGGCGGCCAACAAGCUAGUGGCGGCUAGCGUCAGCACUACCUAGUGGAGGCUAGUGGCGGUGGCCGGCUAGCUAGUGGAGGUCUAUCUCCGGCGGCCGGCUAGCUAGUGGAGGUCUAGUGGCGGCGGCCGGCUAGUUAGUGGAGGUUUAGCGGUGGUGGCCGUCUAGCUAGUUGAGGUUUAGUGGCGGUGGCCGUCUAGCUAGUGGAGGUCUGGCGGCGCCGGCCGGCUAGCUAGUGGAGGUCUAGCGCCGGCGGCCGGCUAGCUAGUGGAGGUCUGACGGCGCCUGCCAGCUAGCUAGUGGAGGUCUAGCGCCGGCGGCUGGCUAGCUAGUGGAGGUCUGGCGGCGCCGGCCGGCUAGCUAGUGGAGAUCUGCUAGCUGCAGCUAGCCAGUGGCAGCUAGUGACGGCGGUCACUUUUUUCAUUAAAAAACCCAAAACACUCCGCUGUCAGAAAAUGUAAACAUGAAUGUCAACUAAAUUAACAAAAUUUAGCCGCUAGCUGGCGGCUGCCACCGCUAGCCGGCCGCCGCUAGCUGGACACUGCUAGCUGGCCGCUAGCCGCCACUCGCUCGCUGGCCGCUAGCCACAACUGGCUAGCUGGCCGCCACCGCUAACCACCACUGGCUAGCUGGCCGCCGCCGCUAGCUGCCACUCGCUAACUGGCCGCUAGCCGCCACUCGCUAGCUGGCCGCUAGCCGCAACUGGCUAGCUGGCCGUUAGCUGGUUUGCCAUGGCCGCUAGCUAGCUGGCCGCCGCUGCUGGCCCUCACUA